AUGGAGGAAAAAACCGGUGAGCAAGCGAAGUUAUCAUCUCAUCUAUCAGUUAUCCUUACCCUAGAUCUCUAUCCUAUAUACUUGUUCCUUCUUCUCAACUCCUUUCCGCAGGCCAAAGUUCAGCAUGUGUUGGUCAUAGGAGGAGAUAAAUUACUGAUUAAUUUCAGUAACAUAUUACCACAAACGAAAGCCGUUGGCAACAUUCAAGAAUAUCGAGGGAGUAGUGAAGAAGACACAAACAUCCUACUCCGCGCUCAGCUUUUCGACACUGCGGUCCUUCCUGCUUUGACAUACUACGCCUCGAAGACUUGCACUAUACGAAAGCAGGAUGAGCAUGCAGUCAGCUCCAUUCAACGCGCUGUGGAAAAGACGAUGCUCGGAACUCCCCCACACACGCAAGUGCAGAAGGGAAUUCUUAGUUCCGAGCUCCGUCAACGAGCGAAGGUCAGGGAUGCCGUUGCUAACGCCAAGAGAUCGAAGAUCAGCCGGGCCGAACACGUUACGCGAUAUCGUGAUGUACCCGUCGGACUAGGGCGGUUACGGACUGGAUACCUCGGGACAUCAAACGAACAAGAGGACGACCGCCAGCCCGAUGGUCAGACUUGUUUGGGAGAGCUCCGAACGAACGGAAUGUUUUGCCUCGUGACCCUAGAUCCACCAGUAUAUUCUGGCUCCGACAGGGACGAAUGA